CGACUCAGUAUGUAGCCGAUUGCCGAGCUGAUAACCAAUGGAUAAGUUUUCCCAACAUAUACGUCAAGGCACUUUUCUUUCCUUAUUUUAUUUGCUUAACCGUUUGCUUUGAACCAUUCUUGUUUUCAACCGUCCCUCUCUCCUGCUUCUAACGCCCAACACACGUAUAUACCUAAGAUCAACAAACUGAAAGAAAUCCAUUUUUUUAUUUACUGGAUUCAAGUUCCGCUUACAUUCUCAGAGCAUGUUGGAGAUGUGCACAAGGCCUUUGGAGAUGUGUUUUGGAGGAGGUGGUCGUGCUGAUGAGCUGUUGUGGCAUAUGGAUUUGAAGCCCUACGUUUCAGGGGACUAUUCCAUAGCAGUUGUUCAAGCCAAUUCCUCUUUGGAAGAUCAAGGUCAGGUCUUCACUUCCCCUUCCGCCACUUACGUCGGCGUUUACGACGGUCAUGGCGGACCCGAAGCUUCCCGUUUCAUCUCCCAACAUUUGUUUCCUUUCCUUCAUAAGUUUGCAUCAGAGCAUGGAGGUUUAUCAGCAGAAGUAAUAAAGAAGGCCUUUGAUGCUACCGAGGAGGAGUUUUUGCACUUAGUGAAGCGAUCAUGCCCAGCCAGGCCGCAAAUUGCUUCUGUUGGUUCUUGUUGUCUUGUUGGGACAAUUGCUAAUGAUGUUCUAUAUGUGGCUAAUCUUGGAGAUUCAAGGGCGGUGCUUGGCCGGAGAGCGUCCCCAAAUGGGCCCAAUAAUCAAGUGGUGGCUGAACGGUUGUCGACGGAUCAUAAUGUCGCCGUUGAAGAGGUAAGGAAGGAGGUUGUGGCACUCCAUCCCGAUGAUUCUCACAUCGUGGUGUAUAACCACGGAGUUUGGCGAAUUAAGGGAAUAAUUCAGGUCUCGAGAUCGAUCGGAGAUAUGUACCUGAAGAAACCCGAGUUCAUUCAGCACUUCGGGUUACCGAUUCCUUUAAAAAGGCCUGUAAUGACAGCUGAUCCCUCUAUAGUAAUUCGGAAGUUGAAGCCUCAAGAUUUGUUCUUGAUUUUUGCAUCUGAUGGACUUUGGGAGCAGCUAAGUGAUCAGGAAGCUUGUGAUAUUGUUCUGAAAAAUCCUAGAGUUGGAAUAGCAAAGAGACUGGUACGAGCUGCGGUGCAGGAGGCGGCGAAGAAAAGAGAAAUGCGAUACGAUGACAUCAGAAGGAUUGAGAAAGGAGUAAGACGCCAUUUCCACGACGAUAUCACUGUUAUAGUCAUAUACUUGGAUCAUCCGUCGAGUUCUUCGAAUGGUAGAUUCAAGGACGAGGAUUUUAUCGACUACACUGGUGCCCCUGUCGACAUCUUCUCGUUCAAUGCCGAUGAAGCAGAUGAGUAGCUUAGCUUUCAUUCACCCAUGUGUUAACAUCACAGACCAGGACAAUGGAGUAGUGAAUGAACAAAAAUAAUGCUUAUGUGAGGUUGGUGUAUAUAGUUGUCUUUCAGAGGUUGCCAAUUUGAAGCUGCUGCUUAGUUGCCUGGUUGGUUUUUUUUUUGGUCCCCUCAUUUGUAGAAAUUUACCUAUGCAUACAAUUGUAGUUCUGUUUUGUCCUAGAAGAUACUCUCAACAAUUUAUUCUAUUUAUAAGAUAAAAAGUAUACAUAAAUUAAUGGAGGAAGU